AUGGGUGCGGUGGUGAUUGGAAAGACAAAGACUACCCAGUUUGCGCUUGGGGAACGACCAACAGCCGACUAUGUGGAUCAGCUAGCACCCUUCAACCCUAGGGGAGACGGUUACCAGCAUCCCCAGGGUUCAUCAGCCGGUUCUGGAGCUGGACUUGCAUCGUAUGACUGGAUGGAUAUCGCAACUGCCUCCGAUACUGGGGGCUCUCUAGCUACUUUUCUUGACGCCAAUUUGACAACGUUCAACGCCAACGCCAGUUUCAAUGCAUACGCGAACAUCUCUGAAGGCAUAGCAUCCUAUCUCGGCUCUACAUAUUCCAACAUCACCAACGUGGAUCAGUACCGCAACCUUGGUCUACCUUUUAGAGAGCAGUAUAUUGCCAAGUUUGGCAAAGCCCCCUACUGGAAUCCGCAAACACGAGCGCGAUGGAAUCGGGCCGCCACUUUGCCAACCUCUAGCUAUACCACUGCUAUGGAGCGCACGCACACCUUCCAGACAUGGUUUCGAGACACGCUGACGCCAUCAUGUGAGUCAACGUUGGUGCUGUACCCUAUGGGUGCCGGUACAGAAGACUACCGCGACAUCUACACAGCCGCUCCAGGUGGUAUAUUUGCUGCUGGACUACCCGGCAACCAGAUGUCAGUUCUGGCUGCGCUACCCGACUACACGGUGCCAAUUGGCGAACGGGCAUUUCUCAGCAGGGUUACUGAGCGAAACGAAACGCUCCCCGUUACCAUUGGCAUGGUAGCUGCGGCAGGUUGCGACCACAUGCUCAUGAAUCUGGUUGCUGAACUUGCUGACGUUGGGAUCAUUGCGGAAAGUGUCAAAACCGGGUCUGAGAUAUACUAGGGAAGGCAGGAGUAUACCCAUGGGGCUUAAUACACCGAGAACCCGAAGUACGUGCCUGUGCGACCUGCGCAUUCAACAAUUCCACAUCACAAGACCUGCACCGCUUGGCUUUGAUGCGUGUCAUGUUUUCCUACCUUCCGAACAUAUCCUUGCUGUGAUUGGCGGACUAAACUUCUAGAUUUCCUGUCGAUCACCAAAGUAAUCUAAGGUGUCAUCCACCAGCAGCGCACUACGAACUCGCUAGCUGAUCUUGCUGCUUUGGCGCAUACCGCGCGGAGCUUUCAUAUGACAUCUCUUUGCCUCAGUCUCUGACAUUCUUCUACUCCGUGUUUUCUUCGCCUCGAAAAUGAUUCUUUGUACUGUUCUGCCCCUGCUAAUAUCCUCCGUUGCCGCUCUCGCUUUUCCGGGCGCAGAAGGCUUUGGGCGAAACGCUGUCGGCGGUCGUGGUGGCACCGUCUAUGUUGUGACAAAUCUCAAUGAUAGCGG